CAUAGAAAUAUUGCAAUGAAGAAUUCUCAUAUUGCAGAUUCCUGCUACAAAAGCGACGAAGAAGAUGAGGGGCCUUACACAAAGCACUCCAACCCCUCCAGGCCACCGGAUGGAGCGCUGGCCAUCAGGAGGCAGAGUAUCCCAGAUGAGUUUAAGGGCUCCAGUGUUGUAGAGUUAAUGAAGAAAGAGGGAACCACACUCGGCCUCACUGUGUCCGGGGGCGUCGACAAGGAUGGAAAACCUCGGGUGUCCAACCUGCGCCAGGGAGGCAUCGCUGCUAGGAGUGACCAGCUCAACGUGGGCGACUACAUCAAGUCUGUAAACGGGAUCAAUCUGACCAAGUUCCGUCACGACGAGAUCAUCAGCCUGCUGAAGAACGUCGGAGAACGUGUGGUUCUAGAGGUGGAAUUCGAGCUGCCACCUGUCUCUGUUCAAGGCUCUGGGCUGAUGUUCAAAAGCGUUGAGGUGACUCUGCACAAAGAAGGCAAUACGUUCGGCUUUGUCAUCCGAGGAGGAGCCCACGAGGACAGGAACAAAUCCCGCCCCGUUGUCAUAACGACCAUCAGGCCAGGUGGACCGGCUGACAGGGAGGGUACGGUGAAGCCAGGGGACAGGCUCCUGAGUAUCGAUGGGAUCCGUCUUCACGGGACAUCCCAUGCAGAGGCCAUGUCCAUCCUCAAACAGUGUGGACAGGAGGCUACGCUACUCAUCGAGUAUGACGUCUCCAUCAUGGACUCCAUAGCCACAGCUUCAGGGCCUCUGCUGGUUGAGGUAGCCAAGUCCCUGGGGUCCAGUCUGGGCCUGGCCCUCAACACCUCCAUGUACUGCAACAAGCAGGUCAUCAUCAUAGACAAGGUCAAGCCCGCAAGCAUCGCAGACAGGUGCGGGGCGCUGCAUGCGGGUGACCACAUCCUGUCUGUGGACGGUACCAGUAUGGAGUACUGUACCUUGGCCGAGGCCACCCAGCUGCUCGCCAGCGCCUGUGAACACGUCAAGAUGGAGAUCCUGCCCCACCACCAGACCAGGCUGGCCCUCAAGGGUCCUGAACACGUCAAGGUGCAGAGAAGCACGCGGACCCUUCCCUGGGAGUCCUCCUCAGCCAACAACAACAGCAACUUCCUCCCCUACCAGCACUAUAACACCUACCAUCCUGACCAGUCGCAGAGACACCAGGCCUCCAAGCACCACAAAACCUCUCCCAACAACCCCCCUCUAGGCUCCUCCUUCUCUCCUACCUCUAUGAGUACCUACAGUCUGAGCUCCCUCAACAUGAGCACCCUGCCCAGGAACAUGUACCCCACCAGCCCCAGAGGAACCAUGAUCAGGAGGAAACUCAAAAAGAAGGACUUCAAGAGCUCACUGUCUCUGGCUAGCAGUACCCUGGGUCUAGCAGGUCAGGUUGUUCACACUGAGACGACUGAGGUGAUUCUGGUCAGUGACUCUCUCAUGGGGUUUGGCAUCCAGCUACAGGGCGGGGUGUUUGCCACAGAGACCCUGUCCUCACCCCCGCUCAUCGGCUAUUUGGAUCCAGACAGUCCUGCAGAGAGGUGUGGGAUUUUGCAGAUAGGUGACCGUAUCCUGUCUAUAAACGGGAUCCCUACAGAGGACAGCACCUUGGAAGAGACCAAUCAGCUACUGAGAGACUCCAGCAUCACCAGCAAGGUCUCGCUGGAGAUAGAGUUUGAUGUGGCAGAGUCAGUCAUCCCUAGCAGUGGCACCUUCCAUGUGAAGCUACCAAAGAAGCCUGGGGUGGAACUGGGGAUCACUAUCAGCUCUCCAUCCAGUAGGAAACCUGGGUUUUGUAAAUACACCAAUCAGCCAAUCAAGAAGGGCAACCUGCUCAACAGGACUGGGACUCUGGAGCUGGGGGACAAGCUGCUGGCCAUCGAUAACAUCCGGCUGGACAACUGCUCCAUGGAAGACGCUGUUCAGAUUCUCCAGCAGUGUGAAGAACUGGUCAAGCUCAAGAUCCGCAAGGACGAGGACAACUCAGACGAACAGGAGCUGUCUGGAUCCAUCAUCUACACGGUGGAGCUGAAGAGAUAUGGAGGCCCGCUGGGGAUCACCAUCUCAGGCACAGAGGAGCCCUUUGACCCCAUCGUCAUCUCCAGCCUCACCAAGGGAGGACUGGCAGAGAGGACGGGAGCGAUCCACAUCGGGGACAGGAUCCUUGCCAUCAACUGUAACAGUCUGAAGGGUAAACCACUGAGUGAAGCCAUUCACCUGCUGCAGAUGGCUGGAGAGUCUGUCACACUGAAGAUCAAGAAACAGGGAGACUUGGCCAGUCCCAAGCUGCCGUCGGUGUCUGGUCAUCUCAGUGAUGUGAUGCUGAGUGAUGUGGAGGACGAGGCAGGGUUAGGCGGGCUGGGAAACCAGGCAGAGAGCCAGAAACAUGGGAAGCUCUCUGACCUCUACUCCACCACCAUCCCCUCUGUGGACUCAGCCGUGGAGUCCUGGGACGGUUCGGCCAUAGACACCACCUUCAACACCCAGGCCCCAGGUUUCCAGGCGUCUGGCUACAGCUUCCACAGCCAUGAGUGGAGGAACGCCAAGCCCAGCCAAGGCAGCCUGUCCCUCAGCACCCGCCAGAGACACAACGUCCUGGCAGACCUGGGCCUCAGCGACGACGAAUGGGACAGACCCACCGCCGGCGGGUUCACUGUGGGUCAUGACGGGACCGAGCCGGACCAGGAAGAGAACUUCUGGUCUCAGGCCCUGGAAGAUCUAGAGACCUGUGGCCAGUCUGGCAUCCUGAGGGAACUGGAGGCCACCAUUAUGUCAGGCAGCAGUCUGAGUCUGAACCAUGACCCUGCUCCUCUGAGGAGCCACCUGGGUCGGCAGGCCAGCUUCCAGGAGCGCAGCGCAGCCCGGCCGCAGUACAACCAGUCCUCGCGCUCCAACACCCUGCCCAGCGACGGGGGGCGCAAGGCCUUCGCCAUGAGGAAGAUGAAGCAGGAGAUGAAUGACGUCAUGUCGCCCACCCUGGAGCUGCACAAGGUGAGUCUGUUGAAGGAGUCGGACCUUGAAGACUUUGGCUUCAGUGUGUCGGAUGGCCUCCUGGAGAAAGGUGUCUAUGUCAACAACAUCCGUCCAGGUGGACCUGCAGAGGUCGGGGGCCUGAAGUCCUACGACAGGCUGCUACAGAUCAACCACGUGAGGACCAGAGACUUCGACUGCUGUCUGGUGGUCCCUCUGAUCGCCGAGUCAGGAAACAAACUGGACCUGGUGAUCAGCAGGAACCCUGCUUCCUCCAGAACCGGGUCCCAGUCAGAACUGAACCAGCUACCCGCCGAGGAGCCUGUUAUCAACUGGACCGAGCCGGGGACAGCCUCUCUGGCCCUCCACCGAACCAGAACCACCAUUCCUUGUCCAGGAUGGCUGCUGGAAUCGGGGUGA